GGAAAUUUUAAAGGAUAUUUAUUUCAAGAACAUAAAGGAUUUUAAAUUGGAUAUAAUUUUAUUUUUAUAAUUGGUAAAGAUGGCAGAAACAGAAAAUUCAUUUUCAAAACUAAACGAUUUGUCUACAAUCAUACUUAAAGGAUCUCCAAAUCCUAGUGAACGUGAUGCAGGUUUCUGUUCUGGUAGCUCCGAAGUUGGUGAUGAUACUUCUUCAAUUGAUAAUGCAUCAUCACAACAUAAUCAUCAUCAUCACAAUCAUAAUUCAAAUUAUAGUGAACAUCAUCAUCAUCAUCAUACAGAUCAUCAAAAUUUCCAAACAGAAGAUUCAUCAGAAGAUUCUGUUGAAGUUAAAAUUACACCAAUUAGUUAUACACGUAACAAAAGAAAAAGUACUGAACCAUCACGUGUUAUAUUGGGUAGAGAAGAAACUGGUCCAUUAAAAAAACGUGUACGUUAUCAUACCGAAGAACAAUAUGAACAAGAAGAAAAUAUUAAAAAUUAUUCUCAAACUAGUAAUAAUAAAAAUAUAGAAUAUCAAAAUGAUAAUUUACAUUUUCGUCCAUGGGAUGAAUCACAAUGUAUUGUACCACAUGAAAAAAUGCCAAAUCCAGCUGAAAUAUUAGUACGACAUCCUGGUGUAACAACAUUACAUCGAAAUUUAAGACCAAAUAAAAUUUCAAAUGAUAUUCAAGAUGAACCUUUAGCUCUUAUUACAAAAAAAUCAAAUUCAUUUUCAACAACAACAACAACAACAACUACAAAUAAAUCAAUAUCAACAAAAGGAACAACAGUAAUAACAACAUCAACAGUUCCAACAACAGAACAUAAAGAUGUUAUCAAUACAAAUAACAUGAUCUCAUCAAAUUCAAAAAUAAAUACACAAAAAAUAACAACAUUACAUUCAUCAACUUCAUUAACGAAAAAAACACAAAAUAAUAAUAAUAAUAAAUCACAAUUAGUUAAAGUAUCGAAACAAAGACAAAAUAAAACUGAUCUCAAUACUAAUUCAAAUGAAAAUAAUAAUGAUAAAAAUUUUAGAAUUGAUAUAGAAGAAUCUGAUGAUUUAACAAUUAAUAAUAAAUUAAAUGAAAAUUUAAAUAAUACAAAAGAAAUAAAUAAUUUACAAGGUUCUGAUGAACAAUUACAACGUCCAAUACAACGAAAUUAUAAAAAUAUGACAAGAGAACGACGUAUUGAAGCGAAUGCCCGUGAACGUACACGUGUACAUACAAUUUCAGCUGCUUAUGAUACAUUAAGAAAAUCUGUACCAGCAUAUUCAAAUUCACAAAAAUUAUCAAAAUUAUCUGUUUUAAGAGUUGCAUGUUCCUAUAUAUUAACAUUAAGUCGUAUGGCUGGUCUUGAUUAUAGUGAAGAUCAAAGUUCACCAAGUUUGGCAUCAUGUGUCGAUAUGGUUACAAAAACAAUACAAACCGAAGGUAAAAUUCGUAAAAAGAAAGAUGAAUAAAGUUCAAAUUGCAAAUAAUUUUUAAAUUAAUAAAAAAUAAAGAAAAAAUUUUAGAAACCGGUGCCAUUAUCCGUAAAAAUAAUAUUAUUAAAAUGAACUACUAUAAUAUUUUUUAAAAGUAUAAAUCGAAUCGAGUCUCAUUUUAUUGUACUGAAAAAAAAAAAAAAAACAAAAUUUUUUAAUUUAAUUUUUUAAUCUUUUAUUGUC